GCCCCUCGGUGCGGUGCGGAUGCCGGCGGCGAGAGCGCUGCCGCCAUGGGUUGGGGGACGCGUCUGGGUGUCGUGGGCGGCCUGGCCGUGUGGGCGCAGCGGCGGCGGGCGGCGGCUGCCCGGGGCGCCGGUGGGGAGCGGCGGGAGCUGGAGCUGAAGCUGGUGCAGGUGGUGUUCCGGCACGGGGCGCGCACCCCGCUGCGGCCGCUCCCGGGGGCGGCGCCGGUGGAAUGGCAUCCUUCUCUUUUAGAUGUGCCUGCUGAGACUAAGUUUGACUAUGUGGUCACUGACCUAAAUGGAGGGCCUCAACCUCCCUCACUCUAUGAGGAGCAAUACAAAAAGAUCACAUUCAAAGGUGGUGUAAUUGCAGGACAGCUGACAACAGUAGGGAUGCAGCAGAUGUUUGCCCUGGGGCAAAGGCUGAGGAGAAGAUACGUGGAAGAAGCCAAUUUUCUCUCACCAACAUUUAAGCCUGAUGAGGUCUUUGUCCGUUCCACUAAUAUUUUCCGGAAUCUGGAGUCCACACGGUGCCUGCUGGCUGGGCUCUUCCAACAGCAGAAAGAAGGAUCUGUUGUCAUUGUCACGGAUGAAGCAAGCUCUGAAAUCCUCUACCCCAAUUACCACAACUGCCAGCACCUGAAAUGCUUGAGCAGGCAAAAGCUGAAGAAUGCUCUGCAACAGCCAGGUAUUUCUGAUGACUUGAAAACAAUUAAGGAGAAGAUGGGUAUUGAUGAUGAUAACCCUGUGGAUUUUUUUCUCCUCCUUGAUAACAUUCGUGCUGAGCAGGUGCACAAUCUGCCAAGCUGCCCUGUGCUGAAAAACUUUGAGCAGACAGUUGAGCGUCGAUCUGUUGACUCCCUGCUUUUCCUUCUGGAAGAUGCUUCAAGAGAAGUUCUUAAGAUGAGCAUUGGUCUCCUUUUCCAUACCUUACAGAAGAACAUUACAGAAACAGUAGAUCCCUCAUCUCCAGCUGAAAAGGCCAGAAAGCUCAUUCUCUAUGCUUCUCAUGACACUACCCUUAUUCCUCUCCUGGUGGCAUUGGGCACCUUCGAUCGCAAGUGGCCACCAUAUGCUGCAGAUGUGACCCUGGAACUCUAUCAGCACCAGCAAUCCAAAGAGUGGUUUGUUCGCAUGUCUUACCAUGGAGAGGAGCAAGUGGUAAAAGGAUGUAGAGCAGGUCUCUGCCCACUGGAGGAAUUUCUAGAAGCUCUUCAACAGUACUCAGUCAGUCCAGAGGAAUACAGCAACCUGUGCUCCCAAAUGGAGGGGAAUCAGCCAGCUGACUCAUAAAUAAGUUGUCUUAAAUUAAAAUUAGUUUAUUGUCACAAUCUUUGACUAUUUUAUUUUAUGUUCCUGCCAACUUUUCCUAUUGUAAGGAUAUUUUAGAUGAGGGGACUUUUUCCUACCAGACACAGGGUGGCACAGUGUCACUUUUCACUGCUAGCAGCCAGAUGAAAGAAACCACAUAACAGAAUGGCUCGAGUUCACUCCUGAGAUAGCCGUACAAAAGCACAGAGAGGCUGAAAACAGCAAGGGGAAGAACAGACCUUUUUAAAUUGCCCUGCUGCUUCAGGAAUACGAGAGAAAACAUACCUGUUCUUCAUCUGUUGGGACUGAGGGAUGAAGCCCAGAUUGCUCUGUGCUACCAGACUCGAGAGCUUUGACAUAAUGAUUGCUUUUAUGUAUGGUGAACUGCAAAAGCCACUGUGCCUUUUCCCCCUUUCUUUUGUCAUGUUGGAGGGUCGCUCUGCAGACAGAUGAACCUCCCGAACUGCAUAGCAUUUAGCUACCCAAUCUUCUUGAGGGCAUUUUAGCACACAGAUCUCCAAAGGGACAGAAAGCCUUCAAACCUCUUCCCUGCUCUCCUCUAAUUAUGGAAACUCUGCUGCGAACAUGCAAAACAACCACAGUGGGACAAGUACAAGAACAUGCACUCUUGGUGAACUCUGCCUAAUAUGCUUCAAAAACAAGGAAGUCUGGGAAGCUCCUAUUGGCUCUAACUUUGGGCAGCAUUGCAUCCAUUUUGCUCUUUCUGAAGCAGGCAUACACCGGCCUAGCCCAACAGAACUACUUCUAGCUGACAUGAUGACACUUUUUGUCCUGCAAGACAGUAACUAAGGAUCGACAGGUUGCCAAAAUCCACGUUUUUCAAUGAGUAAAUAAAACUUGGAUCCCGACCUACUUUCUUUGGGAUAUGUAGAGGCUGAAAUAUGGGGGGUGCUACUUCUUCAAAUGGCUCUGCAGUUUUAAUUCUGCGUUACCCCUUCUCAGUUAGUGAAAACAGACCACAGUGAUGUCAAUGUAAGUCAUUGACAGGUAUGUGGCUGGAGGCACUACAGUACCUUCUCCCUGAGAAGCGUGGGCUGGAUUUACCUCUACUCCUUCAUUAGCCUGCUCCCACCACAAUUACAUGUUGACACCAAGCACAGUGAACAGAAUCAUUUGAAUGCUAAAUACAUUGCUGGAGGUCUCACUGAACUGCUAUUAGAAGCUGUCAAAAAAAAGCAAACAAAACAUUGUUAUUUUCCACUAAGUUUUUCUACAGCCUAAAAAGCUAAUGCCAUUAUAUAAAAAUCAAUGGCCUAUCCUUGAUUGAGAACAGUGUGUACUGCUCCAAACAAGUGUUCUCAUAUGCACGGUAUAAAGUAUUUGGAGCGUGGCAAUGGGAAACUUAAGGCAUACAACUUCAAGUUAUUUGUGAGGCACGGACUGCUUGGGACAGGGAUAGUGGGGAACAGCAUUGGAAGCCUUCAUCCUACAACUAGACAAAGUGGGAACUCACAUGUCUUGUAAACAAGAGGCGGGAGCAUCUCCCAGAAAAACAGCAACCACCUUAAAAAUGGCAACAUGGUCAAGACCCACAGAACUUGGUAGCAUCAGCCGUCCUAGUGCACGUAAGAUUAUUGAGGGGUGCAUCAUUCACACCGUUAAAAUAAUCCCAUUACUCUAGGCAGGGUAUUAUACAUUUCAAUAACAGAAGAACUCGGAAAAAUGGGCUAGCUUUUUGGCACUGUCUAGGAAGAAGCCUCCACCGGGAAGAUUCUUUAACUAUUGCCUCUUAGAGGGUUUCUGCAGUGCCCCUGUGCCAUGUCACAGCCUUGCACUUCCCCUCAGUGUGGAAGUAGUUGGGCUGUGCAUUGGUCUCAUCCCACUGAGAAACUCCAUGGUAGUCAUGGCCCACAGGAUGAAGGGGUAGUUUCUUUCUGACCAAAACUAGCAUAAAUAAUGAUCUCAGAAGAGGAUUGGUGGGAUGGUGGAAGAGUGUUAAGACCAAAGGACAUAGAUAACUGUGAAGGGCUGAACUGCAAACACAACAUGGAAGAGCUGAUGCAUUUCUGAGAACAUGAAUAAAAAAUUUCUAGAAAUCUGGAAUAUUCCCAAGCAACUAGUGCAUUUACAUGAACAGCUGACUCUUCGCAAGAACUGAGAAAGACACAAAUCCCAAAGGACAGGAAAAGAAAUAGCCAAAACAUUAAUAUCCGGGCUGUUAAUGAGAACUGCUUGCUGACACGAGCAGCAAAUGUGUUCAACCAUCAGGUCCCAUCAGACUUGAGUUGGGGCUGCUAAUCCAAGUUAGUCUGCUUCCCUUGCUAUUUCAGUCCAACGCAGUCAACGCAGGUUGGUCAACAUAAACCUAAAAGACUUUUUUUCCAUUUUGCUUGCAAACCUAUCCUCAAAAGAACGUUUCACUUAGGCAAUGUUAGUAUAGUAAAUAAUUGGCAGGAAAUAAGUCAACUUAAAUUUAGGGAUUUGUUUUCUUCUCAUGUAAAACAUGAUCUUUUAAAGUUUCCAGUAUCCCAGACCAAAUAGCAUCACUUUUCUCUCCUACCUCAUGCUCUGACUCAA